AGGCCCCGCCCCCAGAGGGCGGGGCAACGAACGACGAGAACGUCCCUCCGCCCGGUGGUGCGCCGUCUGUUCCGCGCUCUGAGGACACGUCGUGCCUGAAGUUCGGACUCAACGCGUGAGAUUGCCGGGGGACCUGAGCCAUGGCUGAAAGCGGCCGGACACCUCAGGCCCGAGCGCUCUUGCAGCAGUGCCUGCACGCCCGGCUGCAAGUGCACCCUGGAGGGGACUCCGCGGCCCAGUGGGUGGAGGUUCAGAAAGGAUUAGUGAUCUACGUGUGCUUUUUCAAGGGAGCUGAUAAGGAACUUCUUCCCAAAAUGGUUAAUACACUGUUAAAUGUGAAAUUAAGUGAAACAGAAAAUGGCAAGCACGUCUCUAUAUUGGAUCUACCUGGCAACAUUCUGAUUAUUCCUCAAGCCACCCUUGGGGGGAAAGUAAAAGGAAGAAACAUGCAGUAUCACUCUAACUCUGGAAAAGAAGAAGGGUUAGAACUUUAUUCCCAAUUUGUGACUCUGUGUGAAAAAGAAUUAGCUGCUAACAGCAAGUGUGCCGAAGCUGGAGUGGUGGUGGAACAUGGCACUUACGGGAACAGGCAAGUGUUGAAGCUGGAUACCAAUGGACCAUUCACACACCUGAUUGAGUUUUGAAAAAUUAAGUUGGUUUCUACAACUGUUUUCUGAUAUAAAAUGACCUGGACUAUCUUAGAUUCCACCCCCCAACCCCCACUUCUUGAAUAAACUGAUCUGCAGCACUUUUAGACAAGAAAUCCUGGGUCCCAUUCAUAACUCUGCAGCCUGCUAAUUGAAUGACCUUGCUAGUCACAUGAACCCUGGACCUCAGUCAUCAAUCAUUCUGCUUUUCCUUACACUUUGACUUGAAAUUUUGAGAAAUGCUUUCUAUUUACUUUAUGAUCACUGUGGAAAUGUUCUUAGAAAACUGUAUUAUUUUAAGUAUUUUGCAAUGAAAAGAGUUUUGUGCAAUCAAGAAAAAUACAUUUCAAAAAAAGAAUAUAUUUCUUAUACCCUUAAAUUUAUGUAGUAUGUAAUAAAAAUAACAAAAUUGGGGAAAAUCUAGCACAAACCAAUUGUAGUUUUGUCAGUUUUGUUUUUACUAUUCAGUUUUCUAUAUUUUGAAUGAAAGACUACGCAAUUUAUUAUUCCUUUUAACAUCUAUGAAAAUGUAGUAUGGAAAUGUUACUGUGUAUUAUAUUACUUUCCAAGCACAUCCAAAUGUUUUAAAAUUACUUUAAGAAUGUUUAGUUGACAUAGGAACAGGUAUGAGGUAUUAAAAGUUGUUUUUGUUUAACAUAUCAAUGGGUUAAUAUUCUGUUUCUCAGUUUUUUACCAAAACAAUGUAUGUCUCAUAUUUUGUCUUCCCCUUUUUUCCUGCUCCAACCAACUGAGCCACUCAGCCAGAGCUGCCUUUCGCUUUUAAAAGUUACCGCUUCAAGAAACUAGUGUUAGUUUAUAUUGUAAUUUUUUUAGGAAGUUCCCUUGUUGAAUUAGAUAGCUGUAAAGGGAAGAAAAAGGGAAGAUUUUCUACUGCAAUUAUUUAAAAAGAAGUUCACUUGUUCAUUUUCAUAUUAUCUACUUAAUGAUUUGAAGACAGUUUAAUUUUUUUCUGUUAGUGAACUUGCUUGUUGCCCACCCCCAUCUCAAAAUUUAUAUGUUGAAGUCCCCAGUGUGAUGGUAUUUGGAGAUGGGGCCCUUUGGAAGUAAUUAGGAUUAACGAGGUCAUGGGAGUGGAGCCUUCAUAAUGGAAUUAGCAUCCUCAUAAGAAGAAACACCAGAGGGCUUGCUCACUGUCUCCGCUCCCUGUGAGGAUACAGUGAGGAGGGGGCCAUUUACAAGCUAGGAAGAGAACCCUUACCAGAAACUGACCUUGCUGCCACCUUGAUCUCAAACUUAUAACUGCCAGAACUCUGAGAAAAUAAAUUUCUGUUUAAGCCACCUUGUUUACAAUAUUUUGUUAUGACAGCCCAAGCUGAGACAGUGACAAAAGAUAGACAGCUAGUCAAGUAGACUUUUCAAAGGCAGGAGAAGAUGU